GCAUCACAAUACCCCCCGUGAUCUCGAAUUAAGCUGAUCAUCACCCACACCCAAGAGGAGGAAGAAAGGAGGAGUCUAAAUUUCUUUCUUCUUCUUCACGUACGUUUAAACCUACAGACGUACGUACUUAUAUCGACUAAUAAGUUAAUAACAUAUCAUUACCGAUCCGUCAUCAUGCACCCAGGGCCUUACAACCCGCCACCAGGUGCCUACCCGCCUCCUGGACCCUAUGGCCGUAACGUUCCUCGCUAUGGCCAUCCUGGAGCAGGCAGUCGUAGAGGUGGCUGCAGUUGCUUAAAGGUGUAUUGUUGUUGUUGCUGCUGCUUGUUCAUAACCCUAGUUCUGAUUAUCGGUGGCAUCGUUCUUGCCUACUUUAUAAUCAAGCCUCACACACCCAAAUUCAGCAUCGAUAAGUUUGAAGUCAAAUCCUUCAACAUUAGCGACGAUUUCAGCCUCAAGUCACACCUUGAGAUCACUGCAAAAGCUGACAAUCCCAACAAGUACAUCGAAAUCACAUACGGAGAAGGAAAGGAGCCGAAGGACAACUCGGUCCAAGUCUUGUACUCAAAUGUCACGCUUUGUUCCGGGACCAUCCCAAAUAUCUUUCAACCCAAAAAGAACGUGACAAUGAUUAAAAUCGAUCUCAAAGGGGACUUGAAAAAAGAAGAUUGGGCAGCAGGCUCCGGUGAAUCACUUGCAUCGAAAUUGAAGAACAACGACAAGAUCCCUUUGCUUGUUGCAAUAAAAGCACCAGUUAAGGUAAAGCUUGGAAGUUGGUGGGUAGGGAAGGAUGAGCCGUUGGUUGUUAGUAUCAACGCCACCAUGAACGUCAAGAAUCUUGCUGAAGGCAAGAACCCAGAGAUUUCAGACAAAAACUAUUCUAUAGGUCUUUUAUUCGGCAAAACUUAUACUAAGCUUUCCUAAAAUGUAUACACAAACUAAUAUUGCAGCUGUUAUAUUUAUGACAUCAGUGGUAACUUUUUUUCCCGACGAACAGAUGUACUGCUUGUUUGUGCAAUCAUUAUUCAAAUUGAACAUCAAUGAAGGAAAGUUUCUGUUUUGGAAUA